AUGCAAGCUUCAGCCUGGGUCAGACCGACUGGCACAGCAGUGACCUGUGAGACGAGUCUUCUUUGCCACGAUGAGACCACGCUGUUGGAAUACAGUUACGUGCCUGGCAAUGGCAGUUCUGCUGUAUUUCGCACCCCCAUCGCCAUUGGCAGUCAAUUGCCGCCAUCGCACCCUCGCACCCCCGCCGGCCCCUUUGUCGACCCUCCACGCCCAACCUUUGCCGAACCUCCACGCCCACCCUUUGCCGAACCUCCACGCCCACCCUUUGCCAACCCUCCACGCCCCUUUGCCAAUCCUCCACGCCCACCCUUUGCCGACCCUCCACUCGCACCUUUUGCCGACCCUCCACGGCCACCCUUCGCCGACCCUCCACGCCCACCCUUCGCCGACCCUCCAUGCCCACCCUUUGCCGACCCUCCACGCCCACCCUUUCCCAACCCUCCACGCCCACCCUUUGCCGACCCUCCACGUCCGCCCUUUGCCGACCCUCCACGCCCUCCUCUGCCGCCCAACGGCUCUAUUCCCAGUGAGCCCCCUACUGCAAGUAGAGGCCCAGGUAGAACCACCACCGCUGGCACAAGAUCAAGCCCAAAGUGGGACGAUGAUCUCACAGCGGACCUUCUCCGCUGUGUCAUAGCGGCCAUGCGGGAUGCAGGCAGAGCGCCCUUUGGCAAAGUGCAGUGCUGGGACGCUGUGUUCGCCCGAUGGAAUGCCCAGCAUGCCGACCUCAACUUCACGGAAUCGCAGCUGCGAAACCGGCUCAACGCGGUGAAGGCGUGGGUGAAGGACAUCAGGCAACUCAAGUCAAGGGUCCGCCCGGGAGUGACUUGGAACCCUGCUACCGAUCGCUUCGACCCGCAUUCCAUGGUAAGCCUCCCAGGCGGCGCUGCCUGUCUGUCUCUGCGUAUGUUGAGUGGCAGCAGCUACGCAUUCGCGACAGGGGAUGGCGACAGGUACUACUCUGACGGCCCAGGUGGAGACGAACUCUCGAGUGGGGAUGAAGUGGCGGAUGCAGCGUAUACUAGAGGCCGGCAGCGCCGUCGACUGGGACUUGAGCAGAGCAGUCCUCACACGUCUGCGCCUUCAAUGGCCACCAGAUCCCAUCCUCCUGCAUCCGCAUCCCCACCCCCCGCUCCUGCAGCAUCCCCCAUUCCCCCACACGGUGCAUCCCCACCCCCCGCUCCUGCAGCAUCCCCCAUUCCCCCACACGGUGCAUCCCCACCCCCCGCUCCUGCAGCAUCCCCCAUUCCCCCACACGGUGCAUCCCCACCCCCCGCUCCUGCUGCAAGCCCCACUACCGCACCCACUGCACUCCCGUCCGUUGCAAGUAGAGGCCCAUCGAGAAUCACCGCCACUGGCACAAGGUCAAUGAUAAAGUGGAACGAUGACCUCACAGCCGACCUCCUCCGCUGUGUCAUAGCGGCCAUGCGGGAUGCAGGCAGGGCGCCCUUUGCCAAAGUGCAGCGCUGGGAUGCUAUCUUCGCCCGGUGGCAUGCCCAGCAUGCCGAUUUGAACUUCACGAUGGAGCAGCUGCGGAACCGGCUCAACGCAGUGAAGGCGUGGGUGAAAGACAUCAGGGAACUCAAUUCGUGGGUUGGAGAAGGUGUGAGCUGGGACCCUGCACGCGACUUCUUCGACCCAAGUACCAUGGUUCGUGAUCUCGAUAUCCCUCCGCGUAAAUGGGAUGAUUAUAAACGGUGGGUCACCCACACCGCCCCGUGGCUUAGCCUUGGCGAGCAGGUGACUCGUCAUGGCAACCACGCUUGCACCACCACAGCAGAUGGCGACAGGUAUUACUCAGACGGCCCGGGUGAAUAUGACCUCUCGAGUGGGGAUGAUGAGGCGGAUGCAGCGUGCACUAGAGGUCGGCAGCGCCGCCGCCCGGGACUUGAAAACAGCAGUCCGCACCAGUGUGCUGCUGCAGCAGCAAGCCCCAAUCCCGCACCCGCAGCAUCCCCUGAUCGUGCACAGCCCGCCCUCCCCCCUUAUGCCUUCCCCUCGCCCUCCCUCCAUCCGCCCCCCCUUGAUCUCCCCGUCCCCCCCCUGCGCGCGAACACCUACGAGCUUGACACGGGGUUGCGCGAACGGCGGGAGCGGUGGGAACAGGCAUUGAAAAGCGGCAAGUGGCGGCCGAUGUGGGACAACGAACAGACAACAGCUCUUUUGGAGAUCAUUCGCGACGUGCUGCACGCUCAGGGCAGCGCCCUCCCCGGCAGGAUCGAGGACUGGGGGGCGGUGCACCGCGAGUGGUUGCGACGAGGGUUCCCGCGGUACUCGAAGGAGCAGCUGAGAAUCCGGUGCAGUUCGGUGCGCGGGUGGGUGAAGGAUAUUCAGUUUCUGCAGGAGCUGCUGCCGCCUGAAGUCACCUGGGACCCCACCACUCAGCCCUUCAACCCCGACCCUGAGCUGGGCAUCAGCCUGUGGCUGAAGCAACAUGGGCAGUGGAAGCACUACAGGCGGUGGAGCAAGCACACGGCGCCCUGGCUGCCCCUUGCUCUGCUCAACGCCCACACGUGCCCUGCUGAGGUUGAGUGGGAGGAGGACGAGGAGGAGUGGGAGGAGGAGGACGAGGAGGAGGCGGAUUGGGGAGAAGGGGAGGGAGAGGAGGAGGAUGGGGAAGAGGAGGAAGAUGAAGUGAUGGAGGUGCGGGCAGGUGGGGAGGGGAAUGGGGAUGCGGAGGAGGAGGUUGAGGAGGGGGAGUGGGGAGAGGGAUGGGGCGAUGGGAGCCGACUGCGGCGAGUGGCAGGGAGGUAUAGGCGUGGAGGAAGGAAAGUGCGGCGGCAGAGAGAUAGAGAGGGGUUGGAGGCACGGGAGGGUAGUGGAGAGCGGUGGAGGGGUGGAGAGUUGGAUGGUGAUGAGUGGUUGGGGACGUGGAGGAUGGAUGCGUUGCAACAGGCUGCACAGGGAGGGGGCGCGAGGAGAAGAGAGGGACGAGAGGGUGUGGAAGGGAGAGGGGUUGGGAGUGGUGGGGUCGGGGCUGCACAGGGGAAUGGUGGGGUCGAUGGUGUUCCGCGUGCUGAGGUGGCACGUAACAAUGUCACCUUUGCUGACGUGUCUAAUGCUGCUGACGUGGCUCAUGCUGCUGACGUGGCUCGUGCUGACGUGGCCUGUGCUGACGUGGCUCGUGUGGGUGAGACUGGUGGUGCAAGUGCGGAUGAUAGGGACGAGUACCCUGCGAGGCUGGCAGCGCGGAUCGCUGGCAUGGCAGUGAGAAGGAGGGAGCAAGGCGGCACAGAGAGGCUCGCGGUUGAGGGCGAGGGGGGAGGGGCCGGGGAUGGGGGAGGAGGAAAUGCCAAUGCACAACGGGGGGAUGGGGAUCUUGAAGGAGAGAAUGGGGUGGGGGAGAGGCAGGAAAGAGAGAGAAGGGAGGAGGGGAGAGCGGGGAGGGGUGUGAAGCGGUCGAGGCCGGUGUGGGUGCAGGCAAUGGAGAGGAAGCGGCAGCGGCGGGUGAUGGAGAGUGUGGCGCGUGCCGUCAAGAGCAUGGCGGAGAAGGGCCAGCCGCACGUGCAUAGAGACGCGGUGGCGGACAGUGUGGUGAAGGCAGUGCAGGACGUGCAGGCCCUCCCCUCUCUCACGGACGCGCAGCGCGUGGCGGCCAUCGACGCCUUCCUGCAGCGCCCCCUCGACGCCCACGCCUUCCAGGCCAUGAGCCCCGCCCUGCAGACCCUCUUCGCCCGCCGCGCCCACGCCCACGCCGUUGACCGGCAGCUGGCCGGGAUUCAAGCUGCCGCUGCUGCGGGGGGGAAUGCGCUCCUCCCAGACCAGCAGCUUGGGGGGCUGCCAGGUGUGGCUGGGGGUGCUGGUGUGGUGGGGGGGACUGCGGGGGUGGGAACGGCGGGGGUGGGAACGGCGGGGGUGGGAACGGCGGGGGUGGGAACGGAGGGGGUGGGAACGGCGGGGUUGGGACCGGCGGGGUUGGGAACGGCCGGGGUGGGAACGGCGGGGGUGGGAACGGCGGGGGUGGGGGCGGCGGGGGUGGGGACGGCGGGGGUGGGGACGGCGGGGGUGGGAACGGCGGGGGUGGGAACGGCGGGGGUGGGAACGGUGCGGUUGGGAACAGCGGUGGUGGGCAUGGGGAGUACAGGAAUGGGGGCAAUGGGAAGAGGGGGGACGAGCAUGGUGGGAACAGUAACAGGGGGAACACGGAUGGGGGAAACGGGAUUCGGUUCGAGGGGAUUGGGGACGAUGGGGCAAACGGGGGCAGUGGGAGGGAUGGCAGGAGGUGGGGGUGUGGCAGGAGGUGGGAGUGUGGGUGUGGGAACGGCAGCAGCAGGUACAGUAGCAGCAGACACAGCAGGAGAAGGGAGGGGUGUACAAGGUGUGGGAGGGGUUGCAGGGGGAGUAGGGGAAACCGGGGCGGCAGCAGGGGCAAGAGGAGCAGGAGGGAUGGGCGGCACACAAGGGGCGGGCGGCAUGGCAGGGCUGCAGGUGCUGGGGCCUCGCGUGCAGGAGUUGAUGCACGAGUUGGUUAGAGAGAUCCUGGGAGCAGUCAAUGCGAGUCAACAGAAGGUCAGCACGGGUCAACAGGCAGUCAGUGCUGGUCAAGGGGCGGUCAAUGCUGGUCAAGGGGCGGUCAAUGCAGGUCACACAAGGUUAACUGGCAAUCCAGCGGUGGUCAAUGGGAUUCGAUGCGAGUGCCAUGAGUGUGUGGCUGCUAGAUUGGCGAUGAGAACACGUGAAGGCACAGUCAACGCGAGUCAAGAUGGAGUCAAUGCGGGUCAAGAUGGAGUCAACGCGAGUCAACCAGUGGUCAAUGCGGAUCCAAGGAGGGGAGUGGUAGCGAAUCAAGUGGAGGCAGCUGUCGGCCAAUCAGGGUUAGGUGCAGGUCGUGUGGGGACGGCUGCUGUGCUAGAGACAAGAAAUGCUGGUCAAGCACCAGUCAACGCAGGUCAAGCACGAAUAAACGCCGGUCAAGCACGAGUCAACACUGGUCAAGCAGCAGUCAACGCCGGUCAAGCACGAGUCAACGCUGGUCUAGCACGAUUAAACACUGGUCACACAACAGUCAACGCCGGCCAAGCACGAGUCAACGCUGGUCACGCUCCAGUCAACCCUGGUCACGCUCCAGUCAACCCUGGACAAACACCAGUCAACACUGGUCGCGCAGCAGCCAACGCCAGUCAAGCACGAGUCAACGAUGGUCAAGCACUAGUCAACGCGGGUCAAGCACGAAUAAACGCCGGUCAAGCACGAGUCAACGCUGGUCAUGCAGCAGUCAACCCUGGUCAAGCACCAGUCAACGCUGGUCACGCAGCAGCCAACGCCAGUCAAGCACGAGUCAACGCUGGUCAAGCACCAUUCAACGCUGGUCAAGCACCAUUCAACGCUGGUCAAGCACCAUUCAACGCUGGUCACGCACUGGUCAACGCUGGUCAAGCACCAUUCACUGCUGGUCAUGCACCAGUCAACGCUGGUCAAGCACUGGUCAACGCUGGUCAACCACCAUUCAACGCGUUUCAAGCACUGGUCAACGCUGGUCAAGCACCAUUCAGUGUUGUUCAAGCAUUGGUCAACGCUGGUCAAUUACCAUUCACUGCUGGUCAAGCACCAGCCAACGCUGUUCAAGCGCUGGUCAACGCCGGUCAAGCACCAUUCACUGUUGGUCAAGCACUAGUCAACGCUGGUCAAGCAUCAUUCAACGCUGGUCAAGCACUGGUCAACGCUGGUCAAGCACCAUUCAACGCUGGUCUAUGGGCUGCUAAUGCAGGUGGAGGGGUGGGCCAAGGCAGAGCAGAGGGAGGAGGGGUGUGGAGGGACGCAGCGAUCCUGGGGCUGCUAUUGAAGCUGCUGCAAGGCCAGGCGAAGGAAACGGAUGGGGCUGUGGCGAGGGGACAGGGGGAAAACGUCGGGCAAAGAGGGGAGCAGGGAGAGCAGCAGGGAAGGCAGCAUGGAGGGGAGCAGGGAGGGGAGCAGGGAGGGGGGCAGGAAGGGGGGCAGGGAGGGGGGCAGGAAGGGGGGCAGGGAGGGGAGCAGGGAGGGGGGCAGGGAGGGGAGCAGGGAGGGGAACAGGGAGGGGGGCAAGGAGGGAAUCGAGGAGGGAAUCAGGGAGGGAAUCAGGGAGCGGAUGAGAGAGUCAGCUUGCCCGGGGAAAGUGGCAGUGGAGGGGGGCACUUCACGCUGUCGCACCGCUGUGUGGCGGACGGGCCGGCAGGGCAGUGCAGCCUGUGCAGCAUCGUUGCCAAUUUCGCCAAAAUGGUGGGCGCCCAGGGUGGCCUGGGGGGCGCCCAGGGUGGCCUGGGGGGCGCGCAGGGUGGCCUGAUGGGGGUUGCUGCUGGGGGAGGAGUGCCCGCAGCAAGCGAUCUGAGGGGGAGUGGUGGUGGGGAAGCGGUGGCUGUGCCGAGUGGAGGAGGAGGGGGUGGUGUGGGAGAGGUGCGCAUGUCGGGAGGAGGAGGGGGGAGUGGUGGUGGAGGGGAGGAGGGGGUGGGCGUUGAAGUUGAAGGGGUUGGGGCGGGAGAGACGGGAGAGGUGAGAGACGCGGGAGAGGUGGGAGAGGUGAGAGACGCGGGAGAGGUGGGAGAGGUGAGAGACGCGGGAGAGACGGGAGAGGUGAGAGAGGUGAGGCCAGGGGGUGGUGGAGAGGGACGGGGGGCUGGAGAAGGAGGGGAGGGUGUAGAAGGAGAGGGGAAUGGGGGAGGGGGGGGUGGAGAGGGAGGGGGAGGUGGAGAGGAACGGAGGGUCGGAGAAGGAGGGGAGGGUGUAGAAGGAGGGGGGAAUGGGGGAGGGGGGGGUGGAGAGGGAGGGGGUGGUGGAGAGGAACGGAGGGUUGGAGAAGGAGGGGAGGGUGGAGGGUUGGGCGGCAGGGCAGGGCUGCAGCUGCUGGGGCAUCGCGUGCAGGAGUUUGCUGGAAGAGAGAGCCUGGGAGCAGUCAACGCGAGUCAACAGAUGGCCAGCACGGGUCAACAGGCAGUCAAUGCUGGUCAAGGUUUAGUGAACAUGCGCCAAUCAGCAGUGAAUCAAGGUCCACUGGAAAGUGUGGGUGCAGGCGAAGGGGCAGUCAACGCUGGUCAAGCAGCAGUGAACGCAGGUCAAGGGGCAGUGAACGCAGGUCAAGGGGCAGUGAACGCAGGUCAAGGGGCAGUGAACGCAGGUCAAGGGGCAGUGAACGCAGGUCAAGGGGCAGUGAACGCAGGUCAAGGGGCAGUGAACGCAGGUCAAGGGGCAGUGAACGCAGGUCAAGGGGCAGUGAACGCAGGUCAAGGGGCAGUGAACGCAGGUCAAGGGGCAGUGAACGCAGGUCAAGGGGCAGUGAACGCAGGUCACACGGGGAUGACUGGCAAUCCAGUGGUGGUCCAUGGGAUUCAAUGCAAGUGCCGUGAGUGUCUUGUUGCUACAUUGGCGGCCAGAAUACGUGAAGGUGCGGUCAACCUGAGUCAAGCGGUCAAUCUGAGUCAAGCAGCAGGCAAUCCAAUUCAAGCAGUAGUCAAUCCAAUUCAAGCAGCAGUCUAUGUAGCGAGUCAACUAGUGGCCAAUGCGGAUCCAAGGAGGAAAGUCGCAGCGAAUCAGGUGGAAAUGGCUGUCGGUCAACAAGGGUUAGAUGCAGGUCGUGCAUUCAAUGCUGGUCAAGCAGCAGUCAACGCUGGUCAAGCACCAUUCAAUGCUGGUCAAGCACUGGUCAACACGGGCCACGCACUGGCCAACGUGGGUCAAGCACCAGUCAACGCUGGUCAAGCACCAGUCAACUAUGGUCUAUGGGCUGCUAAUGCAGGUGGAGGGGUGGGCCAAGGCAGAGCAGAGGGAGGAGGGGUGGUGGGAAGAGGAGGGGCUUGGAGGGACGCAACGACCAUGGGACUGCUGCACCUGCUGCUGCCAGGCCGGGCAAGGGAAAUGGGCGGGGCUGUGGCGAGGGGACAGGAGGAGACCGGCGGACAAAGAGCGGAGCAGGGAGGGGGGCAGGGAGGGGGGCAGGGAGGGGAGCAGGGAGGGGAGCAGGGAGGGGAGCAGGGAUUGGGGCAGGGAGGGGAGCAGGGAUUGGGGCAGGGAGGGGAGCAGGGAAGGGUGCAGGGGGGGGAGCAGGGAGGGGGGCAGGGGGUUGAGCAGGGAGGGGGGCAGGGAGUGGGGCAGGGAAGGGGACAGAGAGGGGGGCAGGAAGGGAGACAGGGAGGGAAGCAGGGAGGGGAGCAGGGAGGGGAGCAGGGAGGGGAGGAGGGAGGGGAGCAGGGAGGGGAGCAGGGAGGGAAGCAGGGAGGGGAUGAGAGAGUGGGAACAGUCAGCAUGCCGGGGGGAAGCGGCAGUGAAGGGGGGUUCUUCACGGUGUCGCACCGCUGUGUGGCGGAUGGGCCGGCAGGGCAGUGCAGCCUGUGCAGCAUCAUGGCCAAUUUUGUGAGAGUGGUGGGCGCAUAUGGCGGCCUGGGGGGGGUUGCUGCUGGGGGAGGAGUGCCCGCAGCAAGUGACCUGAGGGGGAGUGGUGGGGGAGAGGUGGCUGUGCCGAGUGGAGGGGGGGUUGGUGCUGGGGGAGAGGUGCGCUUGUCGGGGGAAGGAGGGGGGAGUGGUGGUGGAGGGGCGGAGGGGGUGGGUGUUGCGGGUGAGGGAUGUGAGACGGGAGAGGUGAGGAUGGAGGAGCUGGGGGGUGCAGGUGACGAUUCACCAACUGCCGGCCCAGAAGAAGUCAAUGCAGGUCAAGGGGCGGCUAAUGCAGGUCAAGGGGCGGUCAAUGCAGGUCAAGGGGCGGUCAAUGCAGGUCAAGGGGCGGCCAAUGCAGGUCAAGGGGCGGAUUUGAGUGGAGGGAAGGAGUUGAGUUCACGGGAGGAUGUCACUCGAGAAACGAGUGAGGGCAAGGAGUUGAGUGAGGGGAGGGGAACCGUGUGUGUGAGUGACGGGGUUAUGGUGCUUGAGGAGGGAGAUGUGAUUAUGGUGGAGGCAGGUACUACUGAGGGGGAAGCGGAUGUGACUAUGGGGGAAGCGGAUGUGACUAUGGGGGAAGCGGACAUGAGUGUGAUGGGAGGGGACCUCGUUAUGGGGGAAGGGACAACAACUGUGGGGGGAGGGGGCAUCAAUGAAACGGAAGGAGAAUCGAGAGGGAAGGAGGCAGAGAGGAGUGGGAAGGAGGGAGAGACGAGUGGGAAGGAGGGAGAGACGAGUGGGAAGGAGGGAGAGACGACUGGGAAGGAGGGAGAGACUAGUGGGAAGGAGGGAGAGAGGAGUGGGACAGAGGGAGAAACGAGUGGGAAGGAGGGAGAAACGAGUGGGAAGGAGGGAGAAACGAGUGGGAAGGAGGGAGAGACGAGUGGGAAGGAGGGAGGGACGAGUGGGAAGGAGGGAGAGACGAGUGGGAAGGAGGGAGAGAGGAGUGGGACAGAGGGAGAGAGGAGUGGAAAGGAGGGAGAGGCGAGUGGGAUGGAGGGAGAAACGAGUGGGAGGGAGGGAGAAACGAGUGGGGAAGGCGAAACGAGUGGGAGGGAGGGAAAGUCGAGUGGGAAGGAGGGAGAGACGAGUGGGAAGGAGGGAGAAACGAGUGGGAAGGAGGGAGAGACGAGUGGGAGGGAGGGAGAGACGACUGGGAAGGAGGGAGAGACGACUGGGAAGGAGGGGGAAACGAGUGGGAAGGAGGAAGAUACGAGUGGAAAGGAGGGAGAAACGAGUGGGAAGGAGGGAGAAACGAGUGGGAAAGAGGAGGAUGCUACUAUGGGAAAAGGCGAUAUGAGUGCAACGGAAGGAGAGGGAGGAGGCAUGAGCAUAGGGGAAGGCGAGGUGCAAGUGGUUUCAGAGAAAGGCUUUGAAGGUCACUUGAUUGUGAAUGAUGGUCAGGGGGGAAGUGAUUCUUGUGAAAUGGCAGUCAGCAAGGGUCAAGGCGCAGACAGCGAGAGUCAAGGAGCAGUCAACGAGCGUCAAGGAGCAGUCAACGAGAGUCAAGGUGCAGUCAACGAGGGACAAGGUGUGGAGGGUGCGAGUCAAAGGGUUACAAGUGAUGAUCAAGUGCCAGUCAGCAUGGGUCAACGUGCAGUCAGCAUGGGUCAACGUGCAGUCAGCAUGGGUCAACGUGCAGGCAGUAAUGAUCAAGAAGUCGGUGGAGGUGAAGUGAAGGGGGCAGGAGGUGAAAGGGAAGCAAGGGCAGGUCAAACCAACCAAUGUGGUGUGGAUGGGUCGGAUGAGGUGGAGUGGGAAGACGAGGCAGGCACGGACUGA